AUGUCACAAACAAUCUGUCCAAUUGCACAUACAACACUAACAGAGCUGUGUGAUAGACAGCUAACGCGAGUUUUGGGAGACUCAAGCUAUACACAACCAAAGGUGCAUGAAUGGAAUACAGAAAUCAUAAACAGUAUAUUAUCAGCAUUAACGCCACUUACACCGCAGUAUAAAUGGAUCUUAACAAGCACAAUUAUCGAGAUUGUCUCGGAUACAAAGCGUGGAAUGCAUGCAGCUCAAGGCGCCUAUUGGAAUUGUGAAAAAGACGGUAAGAAUGCUGUUGCACGAGUGGUCGAACACUCGAAUACGCGUGGUACUUGGACUAUCAUGGAUUCACAUUUAAAUACAGGAAUUAAAGGUUAUAUUGCAUAUUAUACAAAGGAGAUGCACAAAAAGCCAUUAAUUAUUUGA